AUGGCAGAAAGUGCAAUGAACUUUUUGCUCAAAAAGCUUUCAAGCUUGGUUGAAGAAGAGUUGAAAUCAUUGGGUGCAGUUCAGGCAAAAAUUGUGUUCAUCAAAGACGAGGUUCGGAGCAUGAGUGCUUUCUUGAGAGUAACUGAUGCAAUUGAAGACACUGAUCCAGAGCUCCAAACUUGUGUUCACCAAGUCAGAGACCUCACUUAUCACACCGACAACAUUUUCGAUCGAUUCACCAUUCGUUUCGCUUCUCAUCAUCAUCGCCAUGGAUUCUUCUAUGAAUCUGUGUACAAAAUUUAUUAUCAAAUUAAGAGCUUCAAAGUUCGUCGUCAAAUUGUUUUUGAGAUAAAAGACAUCAAAACUAGAGUCAUUGAUAUUGCACAGAGGCGUCAGAGGUACAAUUACAAAUUUAAGCAAGGCUCGAGCUCCAAUGUGGCAAACAAUGGAGGAUGUAAUGAUCGAAGAGGUGAUGCACUCUUACUAGAAGAAUCUGAGCUUGUUGGCUUCCAAAAACCCAAAAACCAACUCAUUGAUUGGGUCCUUGAUGGUGAUUCUCCACUCAAAAUUGAAGAGCUUCUAAAAGAUUUGAUUCAACAACUGUUUGAUGAAGUCAGACAACCUCUCCCUCAAAGGUUGGAAACCAUGGACAACAAUAAGCUAAAAGCAGUGCUCAAAGAGUUUCUUCAAGAAAGAAGUAUUUUAAGAAGAUGUGAGGGCUUGCCAUUGGCAAUUGUGGCUAUUGCUGGUGUGUUGGCAUCAAAGGACCAAGGAAGGGUACAUGAGUGGGAACUGGUGAAUUGCAACCUCGGUGCUGAAGUUGAAGAUGAACCCAUGUCUGAGUCCUCCAUACUUUUGUUGUUCAAUGAUGGGUUAAGUUUGUUAAAAGUUCUAGACUUGAGAAAUAUUUGUUUGGAGAGAUUUCCAGGUGAUGUGGUCAAAUUGUUCCAUCUAAGGUAUCUAAGCUUGAGAGGAACAAAAGUGAAAGCGCUUCCAAACUCGAUUGGAUUGCUUUGGAACCCAGAGACAUUAGAUCUUAAAAACGCGUAUGUAAAGGAAUUACCCGUUGAAAUUCUAAGGCUCCAAAAAUUGCACCAUCUUUUGCUAUAUUGUAAUGAAAUUAGGCAUAUUUAUUUUCCAUUUCACCAGAAACAUGGCUUUGAGGCACCAUCUAAGAUAGGAGACCUACAAUCCCUACAAAAGUUAUGCUUCAUAGAGGUAAACCAUGUCAACUGUAACGUGAUAGUGAAAGAGAUAGGAAGGCUCACCAAAUUAAGGAGGUUGGGAAUUUCGAAGUUGAUGAUAGAAGAUGAAGUGGGUUUGUGCUCAUCCAUUGAGAAGAUAAGAAACCUUCUCUCAUUAGAUGUAAGUUCAAUAGAAGAUGAUGAGAUCCUUGAUCUACAAUUCCUGUCUCCAACGCCUCAAUUUCUUCAAUGA